ACGAUAUCAACGGUGAAGGAAGCAAACUCAUCAGCUCGUAGCUCGUGCUCUUUUUAGAGAUAGAGAGAGAAUAGUUUGGGAAUGCUCUUUGGGAAAGCAGGGACAUUCCAGGAAGAAUCGAUCCAAUAAAAAAUGGAGAGGGAUUUUCUUGGAGUAGUUGGGCGAAAUUACAGGGCUUUAGCGAUGGAGGAGACCUAUGGCGGCCGCUUGGAUUCAGCCUUUUCAGUUAAUAUGGCUGUUCACUGGCCCUUUAUGAAUAAGGCUUCUGCAAUGCAAAAAUUUAAGUCAUUUGAGGCUUUAGGAGAAGAAGACAGGCUCAAAAAACUAGUUUUUGAACCUCCAUCCUCAACUGGAUUACAGCCUGCUACUUCAAUCGAUGCUUUUGAGGCUGGUAAUGCUGCAACUUCUGCUGUAAAAGCUUCUGAGAAAUUAAUUGGCAUGGAAAUCCAUGGACUCCAACAAUUCUCCAUCCCUUCUUCCCAAAAUGAAGCUGCAGACACCCACCAUGCUUCUACUCAACGCUACAACAAUGCUAGUUUUACAGCAAUGUCUCAUUCUCCCUCUCCCAUCACCAUUGCCAUGACCACUCCUUUCAUGAAGUCUCAUAGUUCUUCAAAUCUCACAGCCACAGAAGUAAAGCAACAACCUUUAGGAUCAAUAAUGGCAACCAAUCCCUCUAUAGUAACUAAUGGAGGUGGUUCCUUCACACCAAGGAAUGUGUCCAAGCUUCAUAUGAAAACGGCCCCGCUCACUAUAUUCUACGCCGGAUCGGUGAAUGUGUAUGAUGAUGUUCCAUCCCAUAUGGCUCAAACAAUCAUGCUUAUGGCAAGUAAAGAGUGUAAAAAUGCUAUAAACGCCGCCGACGAUAAGACGGAAAUGAAGAGCGAGCACGUGAAGGCUACUAAUGCUUGUAUGGUGGGAGUCCCUGCCUCUGCCACUAUAAUGCCAAGAGCUGUACCGCAGGCUCGAAAGGCUUCUCUGGCUCGAUUUUUAGAGAAAAGGAGGGAGAGAAUAAGCAACACGAUACCUUACUCAUGCGAGAAAAAGAGCCCAAAUAGCUCCGUUGUGCUCGAGAGCGCUCCUCCAUCGAGCAAAUGCUCGUCCCCUGAUGCGUCGAUCUCGAGCAACAGAUGUGGUUCAUGGUAUGUGAACCAAACCAAGAGCUGCAGCGACAGUGAUGAAUUCCCCAGCACUAAAUUAGAGAUGUAAGCAUGAUUUCCAAUUGAAGAGCUUAUCUAAUUCUGCAAAUGUAGCCAGUUUCAUUUAAUUCUGAAUAAUGUAGCACAUCCUUAUUUGAUGUUGAUUAAGCGGGUUAUAUAUGUAAUAAUGAUUAGAAUGGUAUUUCUUCUGGCUUUUGCAAGAAGAGAACUUUCGUAUAGCAAUAUAUGUAUUAGUUCGAUGGUGCACUUGAGACAAUUUCAUGCUGCA